CAGUCCUGCCGUAAUGACGGCCACAGCGACCGGAGUGUACGGCAGCUGCGUAAGUUUCUGCGGAAAUGAGAGUGGGAGACGUGCUUUAAGCAGUGUGCGGGCUGCGUGCAGCAUGUUCGUAGCUCGCAGAUCGUGCGUGCAUGCGUAGCCAGACCCGGAGUGCGUCGCCGGCCGCGCUGUGGGCACAAGACGAUGCGCGUGGUUCGUUGUUGUUUGCCAGCCAUAUCGACUGACUGGGACCAGCCGUCGGCUCCGGGCAGGUUAGGAAACAGUGUUCCGUGUGGCAGCAUGAAAAAACCCAAGAUGACAUCGCACUGAGAAGUCAGCGUCACCUCCGUCUGCCUCGUCGUUAGUCCGUGCUGUAGUGUCUUUUGCGUGUGAUCGAGUUUUAUGCCACGGACAGUGCCCGAUGCAAACGCCCCGUGGUAGUUCUGCAGUUUCAGCACAAUGCAGGCGAAGAAACGUUACCUGUUGGCCUUCCUAUCAUGUGCGUUCCUAGCUUACUGCUACUUCGGCGGAUACAGGUUAAAAAGUGAACGUGCCGCGCCUGCCUAUUACGAAAGUUUGCCCUCUUACAUCGGCGUGGAAGAUCAGCUGUACGACCGAGAUUUGGAAGCCUCUCCGAGGCACAGACGGACAGAACCGAGUGUCAAAGCAGAAGGAGGUUCCGGCACGCCGGCGUGCCGCAUGGAGACGUGUUUCGACUUCAGCAAGUGUGAGAAUGACUUCAGAGUGUAUGUGUAUCCCAUCUACGAAGAUCCCGACAGUGGGACCGUUCUGACGCCCAGCCCCUUGUACCAGAAAGUGCUAAAUGUGAUUCAAGAGUCGCGCUACUAUACGUCUGAUCCUAGUCAAGCCUGCCUUUUUGUUUUAGGUAUCGAUACGUUAGACAGAGAUAGUCUUUCGACUGAUUACGUACGCAAUGUUCCUGCACGGCUGCAAAAACUCAGGUUGUGGAACGACGGUUUGAACCAUGUGAUCUUUAAUCUUUAUUCGGGCACUUGGCCCGACUACCUGGAGGAUAACCUAGGUUUCGACCCCGGCAAAGCUAUCCUCGCCAAGGCGAGUGUGUCGCUGACGCACCUGAGGCCGGGUUUCGAUGUCUCCAUUCCCCUGUUUCACAAAAACCACCCGGAGAGAGGGGGUGAGUCGGGAUACGUGACAACCAAUAAUUUUCCAGUGACUAAAAAGUACUUACUCGCGUUUAAAGGGAAACGUUACGUCUACGGGAUAGGUUCGGAAACCCGGAACUUGCUCUAUCAUCUGCAUAAUGAGAAGGAUAUCGUGCUGGUGACGACGUGUCGGCACGGCAAGAGCUGGAAGGAAUUAAAGGACGAUCGGUGCGAGAAGGACAACACAGAAUACGACAGGUACGACUACGAGGUGCUGCUGCAGAACUCGACGUUCUGCCUGGUGCCGCGCGGCCGCCGCCUGGGGUCGUUCCGCUUCCUGGAGGCGCUGCGCGCCGGCUGCGUGCCCGUGCUGCUCUCCAACGGCUGGGCGCUGCCCUUCGCGCAGGUCAUCGACUGGCACCAGGCCGUCGUCUGGGCCGACGAGCGCCUCCUCCUGCAGGUUCCGGACAUAGUCCGGUCAGUGCCCGCGACGAAGGUGCUGGCGCUGCGGCAGCAGACACAGGUCCUGUGGGAGCGGUACUUCUCCUCCAUCGAGAAGAUCGUCUUCACCACCCUCGAGAUCAUCCGGGAGCGGCUGCCGCGGCAGCCGUCGCGUGAGGGCUUCGCGUGGAACUGGAGCCCCGGCGCGCUGGUGGCUCUGCCCGGCUUCUCGGACUCGUGGCGCCGCUACCCGUUCCACCUGCCGCGGCUGGGCGCGCGCCCCGGCGCCUCCUUCACCGCCGUCGUCUACUCGCAGCUCGGCGCCGCCGCCCUCGCCUCCAGCGCCGCCCCGCUGCACCGCCUGCUGCGCAACGUCGCCCGCAGCGCGCACGUCGCCAGGAUCGUGGUGGUGUGGGCGCACGAGCGCGCGCCGCCCGGCCGUUCGCGCUGGCCCGCGCUGGGCCACGUGCCGCUGACGGUGCUCUCGCAGCCGCAGGGCCAGGGCCAGGGGCCGGCGGGCAUCGGGCGCCGCUUCCAGCCGCACCCGCUGCUGCAGUCGGACGCCGUCCUCUCGCUCGACGAGGACUGCCUGCUCACCACCGACGAGGUCGACUUCGCCUUCGCCGUCUGGCAAGCCUUCCCCGACCGCAUCGUCGGCUACCCCGCGCGAUCGCACUACUGGGACGACGCCAAGGGCACCUGGGGCUACACGUCCAAGUGGACCAACGACUACUCGAUCGUGCUGACGGGCGCAGCGUUCUACCACCGCUACUACAACUAUCUGUACACGUACUGGCUGAGCCCGCUGCUGCACAAGACGGUGGAGCAGUCGCAGAACUGCGAGGACAUCCUCAUGAACUUCCUGGUGUCGCACGUGACGCGCCGGCCGCCCAUCAAAGUGACGCAGCGCAAGCAGUACAAGGAGCAGCCGCCGGGUGGAGCCAGAUAUUUUUCCAGGUCUCCAUGGAACGAUCCAGAUCACUUCAUUCAACGCCAGACUUGCCUCAACACCUUUGCAGCUGUUUUUGGUUACAUGCCUCUCCUGCGUUCCAACAUGAGGCUCGAUCCAGUGUUGUUCAAAGACCCCGUCUCAAACAUGCGUAAGAAGUACCGCCAGAUUGAAUUGGUAGGCAGCUAGUAUCAUCUGACAGUUAAAGUCACAGUGGUUCCUCACAUUUAUUUCGCAGACCUGUGGUGUGUGAUACUUAAAAGAACAUAUACAAGUUGUUUAUAUCGACGUGGCGUUUUCAGAAAAAGUUUGUCGUAUUUAUCAAUGCAAUGUAUUUUAUUUAAGUUAUGAAAUUGUAUACCAAGACCAAAAGGAAUAUACGAAACGUCUGUGCUUUCAGAGAACACAAUGGUACUUGUUCCUUGCUUACAUUUUCCUGUCAUGGAUGUGCAUCGAUUAGAUCCCAUUUUAUAUUUAUUAUUUUGAGUUGCAAACCCUUUAUGACUACAGCACUGAAAACGUGUAUGUAACUCGCUGAAUACAAAGAAAUGAAUUACUAAAUCUUUGAUAAAAUACCUAUACAAAGGCUUUCUAACCUCCCAGCCAACAGACUGCUAUACCUCAUAAUAAAUAUUGUUGUCCAGUUAUAUAUGUGACAGUCCCAAAUGAUAAGUAUUUUCUUUGUAUUUACGAAUUUAUUAACAAAUUGAAAUAUUUUGGAAAUUACAUUUUAUACAAUUGGUUUUUGCGGAUGUUUUUAAUAAUUUGUUGAAGCAUGAAUCAGGAGAAGAGCUAAUAAUAUACAUUGAAAACCAUCUUUUGCAGACAGAAUUGUGUGUUAAAUAGCACCUGUUCAUUAUUUAUCUGAAAUAAUUUAACAUAGAAUGGACUUCAGUAUUGAAUAAAACAUUGCUGUAUGUAAUCAAUUUAUGUAAACAGACUCUGAAGUUAUAGAGAGUACAUCAUUGACUAUUGAAGUUUUAUCCAUGUCUCUCAUUUGGAAGACACUGUAAAAAUUUACAAGGCUCAUUGAUUUUUUGGUCAGCAGUUUGAUAUCAGUACUGUCUUGUAGUGAUUUUUCUGUUGGUUUCAUUCAUUAGUUUUAUGUAACUUCUUACAUUCCACUAAGUCACUGUGCAAUGAAGCAUAAAGCAAAGGGAAGUACCUUGAUGUAACUUGACCUUGUUCUGUUUUGUUUUUCUACAGUUUGAUACUGUGUUGUGCAACCAUUUGCUUCCCGACUGUUACAUACUGUAUAUGCUAGCAGAGCAAUGUAAAUUGACACAUUUUUAUAGGAACAUAUAUUUUAUUUUUGUUUAAUACAUAACAAUAAAAUGGAGAAUACUAUACAGUAACACUGUCCAUUGUCUCGGCACAGAUAUAUUGCAGUUACAAUGUGAUAUGUAUGUGUGUGAGGAUUAAUAAAAUGAAUCUUUUAUUAA